GUAUUUAAUUUUUUCGUUUUAGUCAGGCACCGCUUCAGCCUACCUAAAACUAAACAGAGGUCCUCCAAGGCUUUUUCCUGCAAUAACUUUACAGACAGGACUAUGAAGGCUCGGCAAAUUAAAUAAAUGCAUUUACAGCUUUGUUUUACAAUAGUAAUGUAUGUUUUACUGUUCUCCGCGUUGGCUUGCUUGUCGACAUGUCAUAGAUUAACAGAGGAGGAUGAGAAGAAAGACAAUCCCUGUGAGGUCCUGCAGCAGCUUUUUGAGUCCUCAGCUGUUUCAGUGGACAUCAAGAAGAACGGUUUCCACAGGGAGCUGGUGAUGUCUGUGGAGCUCAGCCAUGAUGAUCUGAGGGGAGUCAGAGUGCUCCUCAUUCAACGGUGGCCUAGAGGAGUUUAUGUCGAUCCGUACCAGCUCGCAUCUCUGAGAGACCACAGGGAUUGGCAGAUUUUAAUAGAUUCAGACAUUGAUCUGGAACUUCCUGCUCAUAAGACGUCAGGAUUUGUCACCUAUGUGUAUCCUGCCCCCGAUGAGCCGACGCCCAGAUCAACAAAAGUAACGAUCCCGGUUCAUGCCCGAUACCAUGAGCCUGCUGUCGAUGGGAAACUGUUCAUCUCCAUAGAGAUAGAACCUCCAAAACUGCUGCUGUGGACUGAAAAAUGUGCACCGUUCGACAGCUCAGAGUCUCACAAGAUCGUUGAAGCUCCCUGCACUCACAGAAACUCUAGCACAUGUUUGUGGCUUCAGCUCCAUCAGCAGCAGGACGGAGGCUCUGUGAGUUUACAGGUUCCGGUUGGGGACAAGUCUUUGGUCAUUCCUGUGUGUGCAGGAACUCUUCUCAUCACAAUGAUCUGCUGUCUGGAACUGUCUAAAUACAUGUGGAUACAUCGGAUCGAUUAACUAGGGACAGUCAUGUAAGUUUAGUCAAAGAGCUCAGGAAGCAUCAGGAUCAUACUGACACAACUAUGACCAAAGAUUUCUUCAGGAAACAAAAGAUAAACCAAAAGAUGGAGACGAAAAAGUGACGUGUUCAUGUAAAAUCAGAAGUGAAAAAUGCUGCUAACUCUUUCUCUUCGGAGGCAAAACAAAGAAGAAAACAAUAUUUACUCUGAAGAGAAUCAGAGGAUUCAGCCAGCUUUAUCUUGGAGAUAUUUUUUUUUAAUUUUCAGUGCUAAUUUUCCAUAAAUUUAACCAUAAAUCUACGGAUUUUCUUGAUCCAAACUGAAGACUUAUUUGAACUGAUCACUUUUUGCAUCUUGCAUCAACAGAUAAGAUAUCCUUUGUCAAAUCCCUCAAGGGGAACUUACAUUUUUACUUUUUAUUGUUGAAAAUACUGUCCAUGUCACAAAUCUUACAAAAACAGGGCCUUCUUUUCCAACCAUCUAGUGGGACUGCUCUCCUCGUGUGCUGCUGCUUUCUGUUAUUUUCAUCUGUAUUAUUCCUUGUUUGUGGUUUUUAACAGGUAUUUCUAUAAAUGUGUAUCACAGCUGUUUGUUUUGAUUGUUCAUAUUUAUUAAUGUAGUGGCAGCUGAAUGUUUGCAGUCCUUGUGGUUUAACAAAAAAGUCCCCAAGGAGACAAUAAAAUGCUUAAUUUCACAAUGUAUCGUAUCACAUCCUAGCAUAUUGAAUCAUAUUGAGUUUCUCUGAUGAUCACUCAACAGUCACAGAGUCACUCUGAUUAUCACUCAACAGUCACAGAGUCACUCUGAUGAUCACUCAACAGUCACAGAGUGCCAGAAAAUAACUUAUUUUACAAGCACCUUAUAGCUGCUUAAUCUGAAAUAUCCUGAGUUGUCUCUUGCUGUUUUACUGUAUCUCAAAUACUGUCAGAAAAGCCUAAUCUCAUUUGCAUAUUUGCUAUCCAUAACCACUGCUGAAAAAUGCCUCACCUCAAAUGCAUGUUUGCACUCAUUAAGCCAUGUACCAUACUCAUUACUUAUUAAUCUGCAAAAGACUAAUCUGAUCUAUUUGCCGUGGUAAUAACUGAUUUGAUCUAUUAGCUUUACUCAAAUGCUGUAAAAAUGCUCUCUGUGUUAAAAUGCCUGACCUCAUAUGCACAUUACACUGAUGAAUCUACCAACUGUAACUUAAAUCACUGCUGUAAAAUGUCUCAUCUCUUAUGUAGAUUUGCAUUCAUCAACUACCUUACAUUACCCUACCUCUUGUCAAUCAGCCCACAUUCCUGCAUACUCUAUACCUCUGAUCAUGUCUAGUCAGCAUUCUUGCACUAUUUGCACAUCUUGCAACCAAACUAUCAAUGCACACUGACUGUGCAUGUAGAAACUGUAAGUACAGUAUACACUAGAAGAGUACUAACAAGAGCUUGUUCUGGCUAAAACAAGUAUAAUUAUUAAUUUGAUAAGAUUUUUUUCACUUCUGUGUAGAAGUUAGUGUAAUUUUUUUUUUUGGUUAAGAGGUGUGUGUUUGUGUGUGUGUGUGUGUGUAAAUGUUAGAGAUGUCUUGUGUCAUGUGUCUGUAAGCUCCUAAAAACCUUGAAUUUCCCUCAGAAUUAAUAAAGUGUC